CGCUUAUAAAGCCAGCGCGCGCGCGCACGACGCCGCCUCCCUCCCUCUCUCGCCACGCCACGCCAUGGACGCCGCGCGAGCUCGGCUUCCUCUUCUUCAGUGGUGGCAGUGGCUCGCGGCGCUGCUGCUCCACCUCCUCCUGGUGACGCCUGGGGUUGGCGCGGCGGGGGCAGGGGCAGGGGCGCCCGGGUGCGAGUGCGGCGGCGCGGCGGCGGAGAUCAGGGAGGAGGACGCGCGCGGGGCGCUGCGGCUGAAGCUCAUCGCCGUGGCGUCCAUCCUGGCGGCGGGCGUGGCGGGGGUUCUGGUUCCCGUCCUGGGCCGCUCUGCCGCCGCGCUGCGGCCCGACGGCGAAGUCUUUUUCGCCGUCAAGGCGUUCGCGGCGGGGGUCAUCCUCGCCACCGGCAUGGUGCACAUCCUGCCCGCCGCGUUCGACGCGCUCGCUCCCCCCUGUGGCGGCAGCGGUGGCGGCGCCAGGGGUGGGUUCCCCUACGCGGGGCUCGUAGCCAUGUGCUCUGCCAUGGCCACCAUGACGGUCGACUCGGUGGCCGCCGGGUACUAUCAGCGCUCGCACUUCAGGAAGGCGCGUCCCGUCGACGACCCUGCCGACGGGCAGGGGCGCACGGCUGGGGACGAGGAGGGCGCCGCCGAGCACGCGGGGCACAUGCACGUGCACACGCACGCAACGCAUGGUCACGCGCACGGGCACGCCCACGACCACGGCGGGCUGGCCGCCGGCGCCUCGCCUGAGGAUGCCUCCGUCGCCGUGUCGAUCAGGCACAGGGUGGUCUCUCAGGUUCUGGAGCUUGGGAUCCUCGUGCACUCGGUGAUCAUCGGCGUAUCGCUAGGCGCGUCGCUGAGGCCGUCGACGAUCAGGCCUCUAGUCGGAGCCCUCAGCUUCCACCAGUUCUUUGAGGGCAUAGGCCUUGGCGGCUGCAUUGUUCAGGCAAAAUUCAAGGCGAGAGCGACCGUGAUCAUGGCGACCUUCUUCUCCCUCACCGCUCCCAUGGGCAUCGCGCUGGGGAUCGCAAUCACAUCGAGCUAUAGCAAGCACAGCUCUACUGCCCUCGUUGUCGAGGGAGUCUUCAACUCCGCCGCAGCCGGGAUUUUGAUCUACAUGUCCCUGGUAGAUCUCCUAGCAGCAGAUUUCAACAACCCGAAGCUACAAACGAAUAUGAAGCUUCAGCUGGCGACAUACCUCGCGCUCUUCCUCGGCGCAGGACUGAUGUCCUUGCUUGCCAAAUGGGCAUAGGUAGAUACAUCUUCAGAGCGACUGAGGGCUGUAAUUCCGCGCAUUGUCGUUGCUAAAGACACUAAACUCGGUUUAUCACCGACGGAGUUUGUUUUGUCGUAGCACUACUUCAUCACUUUCUGUAGAAGCUCUAUCAACCAGAAUUUUAGCACAGAAAGGUAAAAAGAAGGCUUGAAUGUGAUCGAAUUCUAGAGUUCGAGGAUAUUGCUAGAGUAGGCAAAAGCUGAGGACAAAAGACUGAAUCUUGCGAAAGCCAACUGGUGUGCUUCCACGAGGAUGGCACCAAUCCAGGUAUGUAAGAAUGAAAUAGUAGUGGAGAUAGUUGUUCUUGAAUUGAUCUUUUGGGAUUAAAGAUCUGUAAGAAGACCGACUUUCUUUUAGAGUCUGUGUCAAUGUACAAAUUGAUUAGCCAAACUGCUCCUUUUUGCAGGAUUAGAACUCCAUAGAAUUUGUUCACUAAAGAAUCAAUUAAACGCCAGAAUGACCUUUUUCCUC